CGUUUUGUUGUUCAGAUUUAUACUAAUGUAUACUAUAAUUCAGCGGAAUAUUCAGCAGAAUUAGUUGUGUGCUAGUUGAUUGAUUUUUUUUUCUCUAUUCUUUUGCAUUACAUUUAUUUAGGAAGACAGUUCAUAUUUUUUUUAGCUUUAGCUUUUCAGAGUUGUCAGUUAUUAUUAUACAAGAACCAAGAUGUCAAAAUUGUAUUUAGUUGUUGUAGAUAUUUUGCCACGCACGGAUUCCAUGGAUUUCACUUUAUUUGUUCAAAAAAUGUGCGGCAUUUUUGCUGCAUAUUCGAACGCUACAAAAGUUGUUCACCGAUUUAAAGUUUCGGGAGAGUCCAAAAUUGUUGCUAUUUUUGAAGUAAUGAACAUUCUUGGGAUGGAACGUACCAUUUCUGGCCUUUGGCGCCUUGGUGGAGUGAAAGUAACCAUGACACCAGUAAUUUCCUACGAGAAUUUUGCCAAGUUCCUUGGGGCAAGCUCGAAACUGACAGAGUUAAACCAGAGUGAGCUGCCUGAUGAUCAUCUCUACUGGUUACAGUUUGACGUGGAAUACACUGACAAAUCCAUAGAAGAUUUGAUGGACAUUUGGAAAAGGGAAGCUGAAAAAAUAUUGUCAGCAAGAUGUGAAGUUGGAUUGCCAAUACAACUUUAUAAAGUUGUACUGGAACGACAGGUACAUGCAUUUGUGAGUGUGGAAUCUCCAGAAAAACUCAACGAACUGGCAUUCACUCUUCCAUUAAUGCAGGAGCUUGGAGAUAAAGUGCAUAUCAAGUGUAAAGCAGUUCAGAAAUUGGAAAUAUACAGCAAAAAAAUCCUCAGCGAUUAUAUGUAACAAGUUGAUGUCUUCUGAUAGUUUGGGACUGAAGUGGACAUGUUUACAUACAAGUUCGGACAGGCUAAUACUUGUUAUAUAACUAUACAUUAAUACAAGUACUGUGGCUAUUCUCAGUUUUGCAAAAAGAAACAUAAAAUGGAAGAUGUUUACCACUUGGAGAUAUGUCACACUAUGGAGUAGUUCAUUAAAACUAAUAUUGUAUUAGCUUCAUUAUUUUUAUUAUUAUUAUACAAAAAGAAACAUCGGUAUAAAAUGGUAGAUGUUUAAAGACUUGGAAAAAAUGUCACAAUAUGGAGUAGUUCAAUAAUUAAUAUUGUAUUAGUUUCAUAUUUAAACAAAAUUAUUAUUAGAAUACAAACAAGAAGAAAUAUUAAGUUGUUAUGAGUGCUGAACUGAUUGGUUAUCUGGCGAUCAUUUAACUAGAACAAAACAAAAAUACAAAAUUAAUAUCUUAGUUAGUAAACCUGUGAUUCAGACUUGUAAUGAGUCAGAGUAGAUGAUUUAAUACAGUUUAUUUUUUAAUAUAUAUAGUAAAUUUGUGGUAAAUAUGAUUCUCUUUGAACUGAUUGCUUUGAUCAAGUUUUAAUUUCACAAGGCCAGGUAGGUCCUUACUUAAUUUAGAAUUUUACUGCAAAGCUAAAGGAGCAAGAUUGUAACUUCUUAUCAUCAAUAAAAAUCUGUCAGGUGGAAUAUAGUUUUGCUGGGCAAAAAGAAUAAUAUUCCUGUUCUUUAGCAAUUUAAUAAAGUACGAAGUUGUGCACCACAAAGGGAAUACAACUUCAUAUGGUACUAUUUUGAAUGUUACGACUGAGAUUUAGUUGAGUUAUAUCAUUUAUUUUGUUGUGUCCCUAGUCCAGUGUCUAGAAAAUGAGACAGAAGUUAUUAAAAUAGCAUCAGACCUCUUUGAAAGUAAAUAGCCUUAUUGGAAAAUAUUGCCAUGCCUUGAAAUAUCAAGCUAAUUUUCAAAAACUCAAAUUUCCUGAAAUAUCACACUCUUGAAAUUGAAGUGACUGGAGUUGAACUGUAUUCUAAAAGUUUAUGCAAGUAUUUGUUUUGAAAAUUAGUGUAGAUUUAUGAAGACAUGGAAAACAUUCUUAUGGUGGGUUAAGACCUACCAAAGAUGUUACUUUGUUACAAAUAGAACUUUUCGUUGAGUAUAGCUUAACCAGAUUUUUGUAGCAUUUUCAAACAUAUCUACAUUAACAAUGUCAUUCAGCUUUAGCAUUUGUUAUUCGUGAUUGUUACUAUGGUAUUGUUUAAAGUCUGAAUAUUUUGUUUUAUGUCAGAUGUAAUAAUAUGGUAUGUAAUAACUGAAUUUGAAUACACACACAAUACCAUAGCUGUUUUAUUGUAGUUUAUGUGUACCAUUGUAGCACUAUUUGUUACAUUGUAUUACUAAUAUUACUAAUUUUAUAGCAUCACAAAAUAAAAGGCUUGGACAGUAUAGGAUUUUGCUGUUAAUAAAUCAGUAAGUUGAUGCAUCAGGACAAUAUUUUGAAAAAUCAGUUCUACAUGGAACGAUGUACAUUUUUGUGUCAUAGCUUGUCAUAAACAAAAUUAGUCUUUGUUAAAACAUUGUCAUCACUUUUUGUCCAGAAUGAAAAUAAAACCAAAUAAUUUGCUUUA